AUGCUGGGGGGCCAGGGGGCGGGGUCCCUGUCCGCCAGGAAUUUAGGCGGCUUCGUGCCCAACAAGAUCUUCGUGGGCGGCGUGCCCAUCACGUGCACGGAGGAGAUCUUCAAGGGCUACUUCGAGCCGUUCGGGGCGAUCAGCAAGGUGGAGCUGCACGCAUUGCGUGGCUUCGGGUACAUCACCUACGAGUCAGUCGAGUCCGUUGACGCCUGCCUCGAGAAGUACGAGGACCACUACCUGUGCAAGAAGUGGGUGGAGGUGAAGAGGUCGAUCCCCAGGGAGCUGAUCGACGCCUACGAGCGCGAGCAGAGGCGCCUCCACGCGGAGCAGCUGCCCGCGGGCGGAGGCGCCGGAGCAGCCGACGCCGCCGCGAAGGGCGACGCUCCCGCGGCAGCGCCGGCG